UAGUAGGAGGCUGGGAACCCGGGACUGUGAGGGCAAGUUGAGGGCUCCCAGGGUCGUCGGGGCUGAGCCCAGAGAGUAGCUAGAAUUUCUGUGUUUUGGGGUCCCUCCCUCCGUAUGGGGUUAGACUCAGUGCAGGGAGAGCCCAGCCUGUGAAACCGCCUGGGAGGUCUGCAGGAUCAAGGCUUUCCAGUCGGCCGGAGCCAGCGGGCGCCCCCGGAGGUUUUGUAUGGUGCUUUAGUAGUCGGCCCCUUUGGAAGCAGAUGAAAUGGUCUUUUUGAGUUUAUGCAUUAUUAUUAUUAUUGUUUAUUUAUUUAUUUUUCCGAGACGGAAUUUUGCUCUGUCUUCAGGCUGGAGUGCAAUGGCGCGAUCUCAGCUCACUGCAACCUCCGCCUCCCGGGUUCAAGCGAUUCUCCUGCCUCAGCCUCCCGAGUAGGUGGGAUUACAGGCGCGCGCCACCAUGCCCGGCUAAUUUUUGUAUUUUUAGUAGAGACUGGGUUUCACCAUGUUGGGCAGGCUAGUCUCGAACUCCUGACCCCGUGAUCUGCCUACCUCGGCCUCCCAAAGUGCUCGGAUUACGGGCGUGAGCCACCGCGCCCGGCCUAUUUAUUAUUAUUAUUAUUUAACUUAAGGAUAUUUAUUAUUGUCCCUUGGACUCCCAGAGUGCCUCCAAGGGACAGGGGAGUGCAUAUGUGUCUUCGAUUCCUUCCUCACUUCCUGGAUUUGAUGUCAGAGAAGUCUGACAUCAGUCUGAAGUCGGCCCUUGGUGGUCAGCCUUAUCGCUGGGUCCAACUCCGCUGCCUUUGUGCUUAAUGUAAUUAUGAGCUUACGGAAAGCCUGGCCUACAUUUUACUCUUUCUGGAUUUCUUCCUCACCAAGAGACUGCUGCAGUGCCUGUCAUGUGACAGCGGCAUGGCCAUAUGCCCCAGGCUUUCCUGCUGGGGUCCAUCCAUGAACCUGUAGGUGCCCUGAUGGAGCCCCAGCCCUGCCCUGGAAGCUUGGCUGAGAGCUUCCUGGAGGAGGAGCUUCGGCUCAAUGCUGAGCUGAGCCAGUUGCAGUUUUCAGAGCCUGUGGGCAUCAUCUACAAUCCCGUGGAGUAUGCAUGGGAGCCACAUCGCAACUACGUGACUCGCUACUGCCAGGGCCCCAAGGAAGUGCUCUUCCUGGGCAUGAAUCCCGGACCUUUUGGCAUGGCCCAGACUGGGGUGCCCUUUGGGGAAGUAAGCAUGGUCCGGGACUGGUUGGGCAUUGUGGGGCCUGUGCUGACCCCUCCCCAAGAGCAUCCUAAACGACCAGUGCUAGGACUGGAGUGCCCACAGUCAGAAGUGAGUGGUGCCCGAUUCUGGGGCUUUUUCCGGAACCUCUGUGGACAGCCUGAGGUCUUCUUCCAUCACUGUUUUGUCCACAAUCUAUGCCCUCUGCUUUUCCUGGCUCCCAGCGGGCGCAACCUCACCCCUGCUGAGCUGCCUGCCAAGCAGCGAGAACAGCUUCUUGGGAUCUGUGAUGCAGCCCUCUGCCGGCAGGUGCAGCUGCUGGGGGUGCGGCUGGUGGUAGGAGUUGGGCGACUGGCAGAGCAGCGGGCACGACGGGCUCUGGCAGGCCUGAUGCCAGAGGUCCAGGUGGAAGGGCUCCUGCAUCCGUCUCCCCGUAACCCACAGGCCAACAAGGGCUGGGAGGCAGUGGCCAAGGAAAGAUUGAAUGAGCUGGGGCUGCUGCCACUGCUGUUGAAAUGAGUGCCCUUGGGGCCUUGCAUGGGACACAUUCAAGACCUCGAAGUCAUUCUUGGCCAAGCAGAUGACAACACAUCUCCUGGACUGGAGCAAAAGGUCCUUCUGUGCUCCCUGGUCGCUGGGAAACAUAUUCUUUGAUCUGUUGAACUGUCUUCCAACCUGCCAUGGCAGUUUUGACACUACUCCUGUUUGCCCUCCUGAUUCCUGCUUUCUUUACCUUUGAACAUUGCCCCUUUCAGGGGACCUCACUUUGUAGGGAAUCCACAGAAGGUGUGCUUUUGCACUUGCAGACUGCUCUACCUCAGUGUUUCCUUGGGAGACUUUAUUCAGCUGAGAGUGCCCUAGACAGUAACUUCUAAGGUCACGUUUACUAUUUCAGAGGAAAUAUCUUGCCAGGAUACCUACCCAUCCUUAUAGAACAGCUGCCUUUAGCCGACCCCUUUCCUCACAGGGACCAAGACAAAGCAUGGGACAUGAAAUUAAGAGUGAACUUAUGGGAGGCUGCAGCUGGAUCAGAGGAAAAAUCCAGUAUGGCAGAGUGAAAGUCAGAAGACCUGGCUUUUCAUCCCAGCUUUGAGACUUGGAACUUUUUGAUUGACAUAUUAAUAAACCUCUUUAAGCCUCAGGCUCCUCAUCUGUAAAAUGGGGAUGCCUACCUUAUGGGGUUGGUAUGAGGAUUAACUGAGAUAAUACUCGAAAGUGCCUUGCAUGGCCUUGGCAUGUGGGUGCUCAUCACAUAGUCUUCUUGUUUUCUUGCCUCUGGGUUGAGGAUUCACAGCCCUGCACUACAAGGGUAGCCCCUCUCCAUUCUGGAUACCUUGCUAGGGGAGAGUCUGGCCUUCCACCUGCGGCCAGGGUGAAGGGAAAACUCUUGCCUUGUCAGAGAUGGAUCAAUGACUAUGAAAAACCUAGCCUGUGAUUUUUUUCACUCUAAGCAUUAAAAGCUCCUAAAGCCUUUUGUUACUUUUUUCCCCCUCUUGCAUGCUAGAGGUGGAAGGUAGUCAUUUAGAUUUCCCCCCUUCCCUCUUCAUUGUUGGCCAGGGGUUCUCUUGGGUAGCUGGGGGAAGGAUAUAGUAGAUCUCUCUUUUUUUUUUGAGAUGGAGUCUCAUUCUGUUGCCCAGGCUGGAGUGCAGUGGCGUGAUCUCAGCUCACUGCAACAUCUGCCUUCCGGGUUCAAGUGAUUCUCCUGCCUCAGCCUUCUGAGUAGCUGGAAUUACAGGCAUGUGCCACCACGCCUGGCUAAUUUUUGUAUUUUUAGUAAAGACAGGGUUUCACCAUGUUGGCCAGGCUGGUCUCAAACUCCUGACUUUAAGUAAUCCACCUGCCUUGGCCUCCCAAAGUGCUGCUGCCUGGCUGGAUGUAGCAGAUCUCUAAUUGCCUUACCAAACCUGCAAGGUCUCUGUUAAGUGUCUGUUAGGGGUCUUAUAUGAUACUCUGGACACUGAGAAACAGGUGAUGGGGCAGAUAGGAACCUGGUAUCCAACUCAUUUUUUGUGUCUGCUGAAUGGUUGACUGGGUGCCCCUUUGGUAAGGGCUGGGAAAGUGAACCAAGUUGGGAGCAGAGCAGGUCUUGAGAACACCUUAAUGAGGAACACAUGGUCUACUUCCUAUCUGCUGGGACACAGGUCAUUUCCAGCUUCCAAAAUUAGUAAGAUUUUUCGUAUAAAUCCUCCCCUACUUCAUUGUAUAAUAAAGAAUUUGGCCUUUGUCUUCAGUUCCUGA